CAAGAUAUUAUAUGUUUUGUGUUAAAAUUAUUAUUUUCUUUUACAAACAUACAGCAUGUUGUAUGAGGCAUUUAUGGCGGGUACCUGGGCAUCGAUUGGAAGUACCUUAGGAAAAUUAACAGGCACACCAAGUAUAGUUGGUGACGGCUACGUGAUAUGGGCACUACUCUUAAUCCUGAUGGUAUCAGUCAACACGUGGGGCUGCCGGUACUACCUGCGCUCUCUCGACGCCGCCGACAACUCCGCAGCACCUACAGUCAUCUCCGCCGCGUCCAGCUACGUGCUAUCGGGUUUUAUCGGGAUAUGUUUCUUCGGAGAGCUAUCUUCUGUACGAUGGUGGGCAGGCGCCCUUCUCAUCGUGAUAGGACUUGCGUUGGUCGCCCGCUCUACGCCGGAGGAUACGAUAGAGAAGAAAGACGAAUAACAAUA